AAAAAACAGCGCUGCCAUGUGGCUGGUGGGAAGCCAAGGCCUUCUCUCGGCCACCGAGAUCCUCAUUGCGGCUGUUGUCUUCUGCCUGGUCUUCCUGCUCAUCCAGUCCUUUAAGCAACAUGUGCCCAAGGGGCUGAAGAGCCCCCCGGGACCGAGAGGCCUCCCCAUCCUCGGCAACGUGCUGGAGCUGAGGAAGGACCCGCACUUGGUGCUGACCAGGCUGAGCCAGCGCUACGGAGACGUGAUGGAGAUCAGGAUCGGCACGUGGCCCGUGCUGGUGCUCAGCGGGCUCGACACCAUCAAGCAAGCCCUGGUGAAGCAAGGAGAGGACUUCAUGGGGCGCCCCGACCUCCACAGCUUCCGUUUUGUCGCCGAUGGCCAGAGCUUGGCCUUCAGCCCUGAGGUUGGGGAGGUGUGGAAAGCCCGCAGGAAGCUGGCCCAGAAUGCCCUGAAGACCUUCUCCAUCACCCCCAGCUCGACCUCUUCCUCCACCUGCCUCCUGGAGGAGCACGUCUCCAAGGAGGCCGACCAGCUGGUCACCAAGUUCCUGCAGCUGAUGGAAGAGCAGAAGAGCUUCGACCCCUACCGGUACCUUGUGGUCUCCGUGGCUAAUGUCAUCUCUGCCAUAUGCUUUGGCCGGCGUUACGACCACAAUGACCAAGAGCUGCUCAGCCUGAUAAGCCUCAACAACGAAUUUGGAGACGUGGCUGCUGCUGGCAACCCUGCUGACUUCAUCCCCGUGCUGCAGUAUCUUCCCAACCGCGCCAUGGAUUUAUUUAAGGACAUCAACAGGCGAUUCAGCUCCUUUGUGCAAAAAAUCAUCRAGGAGCAUUACAGCAGCUUCGAUCGGGAGCACAUCCGGGACGUCACGGACUCACUCAUUGAGAACUGCCAGGGGAACCAGGCAGGAGACACCAGCAGCAUCUCGCUUUCCAGUGAGAAGAUACUGAAUAUUGUCAACGACCUCUUUGGGGCAGGCUUCGACACCAUUACAUCUGCUCUAUCCUGGAGUCUCCUAUAUCUUGCCUUGUACCCUGACAUCCAAAAGAAGAUCCAGGAAGAGCUAGAUCAGACCGUCGGCCAGGAGAGGAGGCCAAGGCUCUCCGACCGAAGCUCGCUGCCCUACUUGGAAGCCUUCAUCCUGGAGAUGUUCCGGCACUCCUCCUUCCUGCCCUUCACCAUCCCGCACUGUACAACCAAGGACACCGUGCUCAACGGCUACCAUGUCCCCAAGGACCGCUGCGUGUUUGUCAACCAGUGGCAGGUGAACCAUGACGAGAAGCUCUGGAAGGAUCCGAGCGCCUUCAAGCCGGAGCGCUUCCUGAGCGCCGACGGCCGCAGCGUGGAGCGGGCGGAGGGCGACAAGGUGCUCAUCUUCGGCGCGGGCAAGCGGCGCUGCCUGGGCGAGACCAUCGGCCGCUGGGAGCUCUUCCUCUUCCUGAGCGCCCUGCUGCAGCGGCUCGCCUUCGGCCUGCGCGGCCCCGCCGACCCCACGCCGCUCUACGGCUUCACCAUGAAGUACCGCAGCUGCGACGGCUUCCACGCGUGGAGGCGCUUCCCGGCGGCGGCGCCGUGA